CAUUGCUGCCAUACCCAGAACCUCUUAGUUGAGUGAGUGUAUCGGUUUGUGUUUGUGGUUACACCCACGGAUAAACUCUCGAGCACUUAACAGGAGUUGGUAGGCUACAAGGCGCAAAACUGUGGCGCCUUGUAUGAUAUUGUUGCCUAUUUUCGCCAUUUUUCCAAAAAGCCCCUGAGAAGUCACGGACCCAGGUCUGCUUAUGGACGACUUUUUCAUCCUCAUUGGUUUGUCCACACCCCUUCGGAGAUAAGGACAAGAGCAAGCCUUCAGCUUUGCUUGCAGGAGAGGGAGAAAGUGACAAUCGAGAAAUUGGAUAGGGCAAAUGACAAGGGAGCGUCACAGCAUCGCGUGAAGAAGUCUCUUUUAAUUUAUUUAUAUAAUUUGCCUAUUUCUGAUGAAGGAACUCGCGGAAAUAGUUUCCUUUUUAUUGACUUGACAUUUUCAUUUGAAAUUCGGAUUCCACGAUUUGGAGUGACUGACAAGGCUACCUACCCUGGCGGCAAACAUGGAGUCCCUCCAGAGCUGUCUCCACCAUGUCCCUUUCCGUGCGCCCAUCGCGCAAAGUCAUCUCCAGAUCCAUCUCUAGGAGCCAGUCCUUUGCCGGAGUCAACUCCUACGAUAAGCCCUACAGGAACCUGUCGGUGUUCAGCACCCCGAGGGUCACCAGGAAGCCCUCCAGAGCCAGUAGGAUGUUCACCCUCUCCGCCAAAUCCCCACCGCCCAAGGUGCCCCAGCCAGAGAGGCUGGAUGAGGUCUACGAAGCUCUGAAGAGAGGCCUGCAGUCCUACCUGCAGGUGCACCAGAUAGAGCUGGACAGCCUGAGCCGACAAAUGAGGGAAUCCAAGAGGAACUCUCGUCUGGGGUUUCUCUAUGAGCUGGAUAAGCAAGUGAAGGUGGUUGAGAGGUUUAUGCGACGGCUUGAGUUCCAUCUAAGCAAGAUUGAUGAGCUGUAUGAGGCCUACUGUAUGCAGCACCGGCUGAGGGAUGGGGCCAAUAAGAUGGUGAAGGCCUACACAGUCUCCCAGGGCAGCCGCGAGGCCAGAGAGAGCCUCUCUGAGGCCAACAAAGGCUACAGAGAGUACACAGAGAACAUGUGCAUGCUGGAGAGCGAGCUGGAAAACCAGCUGGGGGAGUUCCAUGUUAAGAUGAAGGGUCUAGCAGGGUUCGCACGGCUUUGUGCUGGGGACACGUAUGAGAUCUUUAUGAAGUAUGGGCGGCAGCGCUGGAAGCUGAGGGGAAGGAUGGAGAUCAAUGGCAAGCAGGUGUGGGACAGCGAGGACAUGGUCUUUCUGCCUCUCAUCACAGAGUUCCUAUCAAUAAAGGUGACAGAGUUGAAGAGCCUGGCCAAUCAUGUGGUAGUGGGGAACGUGUCAUGUGAGACCAAAGACCUCUUUGCUGCUCUACCCCGGACAGUGGCUGUGGACAUCAAUGACCUGGGGACAAUCAAACUGAGCCUGGAGGUCACCUGGAACCCUUUCGACAAGGAUGACCAAGCCUCGGCCGCCAGCACGGUCAACAAACCCCCCACGGUGAACAAACGCUUCUCCACCUACAACCAGAGUCCUCCUGAUACCCCGUCCUUACGGGAACAGGCCUUCUAUAACAUGCUGAGGAGGCAGGAGGAGAUGGAGAAUGGCACAGCCUGGUCUAACUCCUCGGAGUCGUCAGAUGACUCGUCCAGCCCCCAGCUGUCCCUAGGGCUGCGUCAUGCCAACAAGAAUCUGGUCCAGCUAGAGGUUCAGGCCGCCGCGCCCUCCAUUGAGAUCUCCUUUGCUCCCAGAGACUCUGCCACCUCCACCCCUACCCGCUUAGCCAAACCGGAGGAUGUGCAGAAGGAGGAGCCAGACACUGGAGCAGCAGGGAAAGAGGAGGAUUCUGGGAAACAGGCUGUGCCUAACGGCCAAACACGUUAUUCACGCUCCCUCAGCCAUAUCAGUGAGAACAGUGCCGAUGGCGUACUGAUGGACAGGUCAACUUGCGAAUCAGUGGAGCCCUCUGAGGCUACCUCCCUGCAGUCUGGGAUCUCUAUAAACGAUAUUGAGAUGGAGAUGCCUGCCAGGGCGGAGUCAGCCCCUGUCCCAGCUGAGACUGUGGUGGUCGGUGAACCAUCUGAGCCACUCGCCCCAGCUACUGUCACCGUGGAGGAGAGCAGGCCAGAGAGCAGGUAUUCUGCAGGGUCUAUAGAGUCAGACACAGGGUUAGAGGUUGUUUCAGGGGCUGUUUCAGCGGUAGAGCCAGAACUCCAGAGCUCUGCACCCACUAGGACUGAUGCCGUGUCUCAGCAAGGUACCUCUCUGGCUCUCAGGGCAGACUCACAAGCACAGACCCAGAGCAGAGAGGAAAUAUCAUAUACUGCCCACAGGGCAGUGGUGGAGGAGGCCGAGAAGCCUGGGCCUGUAGUAGUGGCCAACCCCUCAGAGGGUGAGAAGCAGCAGGCUGUGGACAGUGAAGUUGAGGAAGCCCUGAGUGCAGUCAUUGCCUCUCUGGAUGACUACAGGGGACAGUUUCCUGAGUUACAGGUCCUGGAGCAGGAGCUCAGACUACUGGAGGAGACAUUAACGGGCCAUACAUGCAGUUGUUCAUCCAGUGUCCAGAGUCUGGCUGUGGAGACGGCUCUCGGCAGCUUUGACUUCCUCAAUACCUCAGACCUGGAGGAUGAAGAGGAGGAUGGGGAGAAAAGGAGUGUGACAAACGGUGAGCACCACAGCGCCCCAGGCAGGUCACCAGAGGAGAGUGCAGGGGAGGAUGAGUGCUGUGAGGAGAGAUGCUGGGAGUCCCACUCCUCUGGACCUGUGAGCACAGGCUGCCAGGCUCUAGACCAUACACUACUGGUCCAUCUGAAAAACUGCAGUGCACAACUUCUGAGGCUGGGGACCUUUGGGCCUCUGCGCUGUGGGGAGAUGUAUGCUCUGGACCGCCUGCUCAGGGAGGCCCGCGUCCUCGAGCUCAUCAGACGUGUUGCCAAGGAGACCCCUGGAGGAGCCACUCAGCCAGAUGAGGUGGUUCCCCAGUUAGAACAGUGCCAAGGGGCAACAUUGCUAUGGCAGCAGUGUACGGAUGAUGACAGUGUGUACAGCACCUCCACAGAUGCUUUCCUCACAACUCUGGCCACUGCUUACACCAACAGACUGCCCGAGAGAGGAGUUAGCCUGGCAGACACAGUGUUCUUGCGUCUGGUGGAGAGAAUUCUGGAGAGGAGGCUGCCCAAGCGUGGGGGCGUGGUGGCCAGAGACAUGCUGACCCUCUUUCAGUUCUGGAGCUACCUAGAGGCCGAGGGAGUGAGCGAUUUGGACACACACAUCAUUGAACUAGCGGAGGAGGUGUGGCUGGUUCAGAGCCUGCAGUCAGGGGACCAGGAGGUACUGGUGAAGGCCCUGAAGAGGCCUCCAGAGAGCAGCCUGAAGAGGGAGGGCCUGCAUGCUGUCAGCCUACUGCUGAGGGACCCGCGGGGGAAGGUGUCUGCCUCUGCCAGCUCCCUGCUCCGGAGCCUCGCGGACCAGCCACGCCAUCGAGAGAGGGCCCUAGUAAGCUGUCUGGAGCUUCUGGAGAAUGAGAGUGUGGAGACGCGAGUGUGUGGCUGUAAAGCACUUGCAUGUCUGAAGGCCAAAGAGAGCAUCGACCAGCUGGUCUAUCUCUGUCGAUCAGACAAGGAGGAUGUGAGGGAUGCUGCCAAACAAGCGCUGCUGGUGCUUGGUGAGGAGGGGAAGUUGGCCCACAGACACGUUGAGAUAUCACUGCAGGAGGGAGUGCCACGCCUCUUCUCCCCUGCCAGCAUGGCCAGCACUGCCUUCUGAUGCCACUAGAACGGAAUACUGAUACCGUCAUGCCCAUGUCAACACACUGUUACAGCCAUUAUGCCAUACACACAUUAAAAUAUACACUGUCAAACAGGGUGCAAUAUACCCAGAUGCAAAGAGGAUGCUGACUUUUGCACAUGCACUCACUAACACUGGGAUGACAUUUACAGCUUGACGCGAAGUCCGUGAACUAAACUCGCAUAUUACCAACCUGUGUGUAAAUAAGUGAUAACUACUCAUGAAAACUGUGGAAUUGUAGAAGCGAUGAAGAGUGGUAGAAGUAUUUUACUGCCUUACAGUAUGUUUUGGUCUGGUGGUGUUGCCUUCUGAGUCAUGUAAUUAUAGCUGGGAUGAUGAAUGGAUGGAAGGACACUGCAAUCAUUGUUUCAGAUCAUGGCAUGGAUAGAACAAAGUGGAAAAGUGACAUGAUUUACAUUUCUGGGGAAAUGCACUUAUUUGCUUAAUUUGUGAUGAAGCAGGUUGUCGUUGGUCUGUGUGGAGAAUGACUUUGAGUGUUUGGUAGGAGUACUGAAGUAAGUCAUGGGGAUGGAAGGGAUUGGGUUGUUCCUCAGGAAAUAAUGGUGGUGAAACAGUUCCAAAUUGUAGGACCACAGUCUGAUGAGGAGCUUGUUGCCAUGCCAGUUGGGAAAGGAUGCUUGAAGAAAGUUAUUACAGUGCCAUCAUUCCAUACUAUCAUUAUAUGCUUUGUGGAAAUAUAUAUUCCCACUGGAAGUGUAUAUGUUAUAUAAUUGUAGUGUAAUUUGGUUGGCAUUGUUGAGACAAUUGGAGUAAAUUCAUAUUUGGUUUGAGUGCUGAUGCCUCAAGUCACCAUGCACUUCCUGAGACUCACGCCACUGGCGAUAUAACUGAAGAUUAUUUCUGCUGUAUUGGUGGUGGAGUGACUUUUUAUUUUUUAUUAUUGAAAACUUAAAACUGUGCUGGACUGGACUUUGCCUUUUUGGAGCAGACAACUUCUCACUUAAACAGACAACCACACUGCUAGGACUGGCCACCUGCUGGCCAUUAUAGUGUGGAAUCAGGGUGUGAUGAGAACCUGCAUUCACUGUAUAUUAUUUACUUAGCAGAUUCAUCAGUUUUUUUAUAUAGGACUUCAAAAUAACAAUAUACACUGAAGGAGCUUUUUAAGUUGUCUAAGUGCCUCAAGUUAGUGGUGAGAUGAGACUACGAAUGAAGAGAUCCAGUGCUAAUAGAAACACUGCAGCAAAGUAUAUUUUCCAUAUGACUCAAAUUGUGCAGCAUUAAAAUAAAUGAUUUUCUUUAGAUUUUCUUUCUAUAAAAGUAUAGUCUGACAUAUCUUGCCUGGCAAUAAAUGUACAUGAAUUAUUAAUAAAAAUGUGUUUGAGAAUGUAUAAUUUCCCUAUGUUAAUUACGUU